AUGAAGAUGAGCAGCUUCUCUGCGCUCCCCGUGAUCUUCCUCCUGCUCUGCUUGCACACGGCGCAGCCGGGACCCCGCAAGGGCGUCCAGAAACCUGGAUAUUGCCCAGAAUUUUUUCUUUCCUGCCCUUUCGUCCUUUUACCUAUGUGCCAGCGCGAUCGAGGGUGCAAGGGGACCAAGAAGUGUUGUUUCUACAACUGUAGGCGUCAGUGUAUGGAACCCUGGGCAUCGUUGGAGUGA